GAAGAUCACUUCUACCCCUCUCUACUUAUUCCUGCGAACAGUGAAAAUAACCGAGUGGAAUCAACUGUUUAACAAAUUUGUUAUGAGUCCCGAAAUAUAUUUAUUCGCUACUGGCUGUCAUUAUAAAAAGCAGCAAUCGACGCAUUAUGUCUUAUUCAUUCUAAUUCUAAUGUUUUCUGACUGUUGUCUAGACAAUAUCAAUUUUGUCGGUCAUAGUGUUAUCUAGCUUUAUUUCUCAUGGUAUAUUUUAAUGUACUGGUGGAUUUCCAUGGAUAAAAUAAUACUGGUGGAUUUAUACGCUGUGAGCAUUGUUUCACUUUCAGGUUCAUUAUUAUGAUGUAUACAGAUACAGUAUAGGGAGUAGGGAGUCAUGUUUCUGUGUGUAUCGCAUGAUGUUCAAUGUGAUGUGGGUAAAACCCUUCGACCCUGAAUGAGACACAAUGCUCACAGCCCGAUCACUACAUACAGCAUAUUCUCUGUCUCUCCUCGUAAUCCAACAAUGGCUAAUUGGGACAUUGUUUCGUUUCGAUUGAUAUUGUCCAUCAUUCUUCUGCCACAUAUUAAUGGUGUAUUAAAUAUAGAUUCAGAUCAAGAGGACUAUGACACAGGGAGCUCGAGUGUAAUUGACAUAGAUUGGACAGCUAUCCGACCUCACAUUUGGAUCCCGAGUACAACAAACAUUGGGAGCCAUCUUGACGUUCGUGUGGUUGAUGGACCAAACAAUGCUACAGGUCGAGUCGAGGUAUGGUACAACGGUGCUUGGGGAACAGUAUGUGAUGAUGGAUGGGAUUUGAACGACGCCAAUGUCGUAUGCAGAAUGCUAGGGUUCUUCAAAGCGUCAAGUGCACCAGUCAGGGCUGAAUAUGGUCCGGGUUCUGGAGACAUUCUUCUUGAUGAAGUUGAAUGUACUGGAUCAGAAAUUAGCCUCGAAGACUGCAUCAAGAGUGAAUUUGGAGUCAAUAAUUGUGAUCACAGCGAAGAUGCUGGUGUCAUCUGUACAGAUCCUAUCUCUCUUGAUGUUCGUCUUGUCGAUGGUCCAAAUAACAACUCGGGAAGAGUUGAAGUGCAAGAAAAUGGAUCUUGGGGAACUAUCUGUGACGAUGGCUGGGAUGCAAAAGACGCUAAUGUUGUAUGCAGAAUGCUGGGGUUCUUCGGUGCAGCAUAUGCACCUGUGCAAGCUACAUACGGUGAAGGGGUAGGAGACAUCUCACUCCGUAAUGUGGAUUGUAUUGGGACAGAAAUCAACUUGGGAACAUGUUUCCACGAUAGACCUGAACCUUUUGACUGUGCUCAUGGCGAAGAUGCCGGUGCUGCCUGCUUGGUUCUUAUCCCAGAUGAUUCUGUAAGCUCGGCAUCAUCCUGGAAUGAUGAUUCUGGAAGCGGAGAAUCGUCCGGGGAUGGUGAUUCUGGAAGCGGGGAAUCCUCCGGGGAUGGAACAUUCUGGCUACAAUGUCCAGACCUCGUAUCAAGCACGGAUAAAGGUCUUACUACAUCAUCUACUGUCAUCAUAUCUCCACGCGUGCAUGCUGGUUCCGCUGACAAUCAGGACUUCUCUGUGGGCUGUACGUAUACUUCACAUGAUGUAUUUGACUAUGUAGACACUUGGGUUGCCUGUGCUGCACGAGAUGAUCUAGGAAACUACUUGACAUGCGAUUUCACAGUCACCGUUACAGAUGACGACCCUCCUCGUUUGGACUGCCCUGACGUAACUUCCACCACGGACCAAGGUCUUCCUACAUCCUCCCACAUCACCAUCAACCCACGGGCAUCAGACAAUACUGAUCCUAGUCCGUAUGUGAUCUGCUCUCAUACAUCUAGUGAUGUCUUCCAGUUUGGAGAUACCAAUGUUUUCUGUGAUGCUACGGAUGAAUCAGGAAACAUUGGCAGGUGUCUGUUCGUGGUUACAGUACAAGAUGGUGAACCUCCCCAUUUGGACUGCCCUGACAUAACUUCCACCACGGACCAAGGUCUUCCUACAUCUUCUCGCUUCCCCAACCCUCAGGCAUCAGACAAUACUGAUCCUAGUCCGUCUGUGAUCUGCUCUCGUACAUCAAGUGAUGUCUUCCAGUUUGGAGAUACCAAUGUUACCUGUCAUGCUACGGAUGAAUCAGGAAACGUUGGCAGGUGUGUGUUCGUGGUUACAGUACAAGACCCUUGUAUGGUUCAUGAUCCGUGUAUCAAUGGUGAAUGUAGCUACUAUAUCGGAUCAGGACAAUACCAAUGUGACUGCUAUGAUCAAUACGAGGGUACUCAUUGUGAUGUCAUCCCUCACCCCACUCCGAUCUGUAAGAAUACGACAUGGAUGUCAUCGCGUUUUGGAUUAAUCAGUUUCCUAGAGGGUGAGAACGGAACGUGGGCGAACUCAACUGAAGUAUGUCCAUUCAACACAACAAACGCUGAUCAACCAAUCGGUCGUGCCAUAUGCGUCGGUGAUCUGAUUUCACAGAGUACGUGGCUUCCCGAUCCCACGGAUAACUGUGGACAAUUCAGAAAUGCUGGAGAUUUACUUGGCCAGCUUUCAAAGGUUAUCGUUUCAGAUGAAAAUGUUGCUAAGCUCAGUGAAGACGUCAGUUUGGUGACAAGUAACACUGGUGAUAUCUCAUCUGAUGACAUUUUUUCGAUUGCAAAUAUAAUUUCAAAUAUAAGUGCUCGAACGAACAGUGAAAAGGUUACUGCAUCUAUUGUUGCCAUAGUGAGUAACAUCGCUGAUGUUGACACAGAAACACUUGAAUCAGCAUCAGCCUCUGUUAUUGAUGUCGUUAAAGUAUUUGAGCAGCAGAUCAAAAGUGUACCUAUAGAAGACGGUGACAAUUUCAGCAUUCAACAGAAAAAUAUUGCCGUGCAGGUCCAAAGCGUACCUACCGAUGUCAUCUCAAAUGGUUUAGUCCUCUCAUUAGCAGGAGACACCAAUUCUGAUCUGAAGAAAUUUGACACCAACAUCCAAACUUCAAAUGAAAAUCAAGCUGAAGCUACAAAACCAGAUACCAUUGCUAUUGUCAACAUACCAUCUGCGAUUUCUUCCGCUUUACCGUUGAUAUCUGGAGGAAGUUCUAAUACUAACGGCUUUGUUCGCGUGAUCUUUAGUGUCUUUUCCACACCAGCCCUUUUCAUUUCUAAAUCAUUGAAAAACACAAGUGUAGGAACCAACCGAUCUGCUAACACGCCUGUUAUAUCACUGAGCAUCGGGGACGAGAAAAUAGAAGAUCUGACAGAACCCAUCAAUUUCACUUUUACCACGAUAGAGACUGGUCUGACGAACCCGUCGUGUUCAUACUGGGAUAUUGGCUUUAGUGACUGGUCUCAAGAAGGGUGUCAGCUUCUUUCGUCAUCUGGAAUUAGCUCAUCCAAUGAUAACAACUGGGAUCCUCCUCCAUCUGAUGAGAAGGAGAAGAUCGUUUGUGGAUGUAACCAUCUCACCAACUUUGCCGUCCUUAUGGAUAUUUCCAGAGAGGAAGGGUCUUUUGAGCAAGAGCAAGCAUACACAGUUCUAACGUACAUAGGAUGUGGUAUUUCAAUAGUUAGCCUACUUGUCACCCUCGCAACAUAUCUAUCAAACAGAGUUCUGAGGGGAAAACAGACCAACCAGAUCUUCAUUUGCCUGUGCCUGACGUUACUCUGUCUCUACCUAUCGUUCAUUGUCAUGAUGUCACUGGAGAGCUCCAAAAGUCAAUACCAAGUAAAGGCAGGUCCAUGCGGGUUCAUUACGGCGCUCGUUCACUACUUCGUUCUAUCUUCGCUCACUUGGAUGGGUGUGGAGGGAUACAAUACUUAUCUCAUCAUCGUCAAGAUCUUUGAUACCUACAUUCCACGGUUCAUGCUCAAAGCUGGUGCCGUUGCAUGGGGUAUUCCUGCACUGAUUGUCAUUGUAACUGGAGCCAUUGCCGAGGACAAAUAUGCGCACGGAGAUGUAUGUUUUCUCGAAUUGUGGGCUCAAAUCGGUGGUCUCCUUAUUCCCAUGACAAUCAUUCUCCUGUUCAACGUCGUCAUCUUUGCCCUCAUCGUCCGUCAACUUAUGAAGUCUUCUAAUCUCGCUGGUCGGAUGAAGAAAGAGGCCAAGGUGGAACGUAGAGAGAACAUCAAACGGGUUCAAAAUGCAAUCUGUAUCCUCCUUCUGCUUGGUCUUACAUGGAUCACUGGAUACUUCCUGAUGAUCCGAGAAUUCAGUCAGGUGGUUGAGCCCAUCUUCAUUAUACUGAACUCAUUUCAAGGACUCUUCAUCUUCCUGCUCUACUGUGUUCGUAAACCAAUAGUUCGUAAGCGGUGGGGACUGACCUGUCUGGAUAGAGUCAAGAGACAACAAGACGCUACCACAUCGAAUAUCACACAUAGCCCUGAAUCUAGGCCCCUAUCAACUUCUUUGGACGCGAAGCCGCAAGAGAAGAACAACGAGACAAGUGCCAUGCUUUGAGUUUAAGUAUUCUCAUUUCAAUAAGAUUUGUGUAUUUGUAUCUCACUUUAUAGGUUAUGUAAUUUUGAUUGUUGUGUCAUUUGUGUUAUAUGGGAAAUGAAAUACAGUGCACUUGGAAAAAAGAUACAUAAAAAGAAAUUCUCCAAAUAUUCUCACCAUGUACAAAGGUGUGUAACUUGCUUUAGUUGCCAUUUUGACUCAAUAUAGGUUGGGAUAUCAAUCCAGCUGUACAAUUACUUUUUAUAAUUUUAUAUUGGGAGAAAAAAAGAAAAAAACUUCCAUGAAUACAACCGAAUUUGCGAAUCUUACGCUCGGAUACAAAAAUGGCCAACAUGUAUAUAUUUCAUAAUUGGGCGAAUCAACAAUUUCAUCGAAAAUGGAUGUAUAUACCUACAUUCCAAACAUAUCAACAAUGAACAUAUGAUUUAUUCAAACGUGUUCCAGAGUAAAACUUUUUAGAGAGCAUUCCCCCCUCAUAAAUGGAUAUAAAAAUUAUUAUAAAACCGGAAGAAAUCUAUGUUUGAUAAUAAUAAUAAUA